UGCCGUUGGUGAGUUUUCCCCAUUAUGGCGGAAGGGCCAGCCGUGCGGAUGGACUGUCUCUUCCACUCCGGUGCUUGUUUUGUGUCUUGAGGGAGGGGUUUUGUUUUUAUUUUUUUUAACGUUUCCCCGCAACAGCCCGGUUUCUUUUCAACUAGACGCCACUCGAGUUUAUCGGCGAAGCCAUGGCGGACCGCGGCGUGGAUUUGUCCGCCCUGCCUAAAGAGGUUAGAGACCAGUUGGCUGAGUUGGAUCUGGAGCUGUCUGAAGGUGACAUCACACAGAAGGGCUAUGAGAAGAAGAGAGCCAAGCUGCUGGCCUCCUACAUCUCCCAUUUGCCAAAUGUGGAUCUGCCUCUACCAGAUGUGCAGCUUUCCCCGAGCCGCAGUGCCGACCCUACCCCCAGUCCCGAGGCCCCGGGCCCCUCCACCUCCUCAGCCUCCAGACACCAUCGUUCACACCGCAGCGGAGGCGCCAGGGACGAGCGCUACAGAUCAGACAUCCAUACAGAAGCUGUCCAGGCAGCACUGGCCAAACAUAAAGAGGAGAAAAUGGCACUUCCCAUGCCAACAAAGAGGCGCUCAGCCUUUGUCCAGUCUCCCAUAGAUACCUGCACACCUCCAGACACAUCUUCUGCAUCAGAGGAUGAAGGCUCACUGCGCAGAAAGGCAGCACUCAGUGCAGCACUAGCUCAGACCCUGCAGAGCCCCGACUACUGGAUCAACCGCUCCGUCCAAAGCUCUUCCACAUCCUCAUCUGCUUCCUCCACCCUCUCCCAUGGAGAGCCCAAGAGUCAGCCCCAGCCCCAGCCUCAGCCUGCUGCUUCCUUGUUAGCUGACGUGCUAGCCCACACACGCAUCGAAAACAGUGUCCCCCCAGAUGUGACGUCCUCUGCUUCUCAAGACAGAGGGUCCAGGGUGGAUCUUCCCCCAGCAGUCAGGGGCAUGAGCCGUGGACAGAGCCGCUCCAGCAUGCUGGAUACUGCUGACGGCGUGCCUGUCAGCAGCAGGGUGUCCACUAAGAUCCAGCAGCUGUUGAACACACUCAAACGACCCAAAAGACCACCGCUCAGCGAAUUCUUCCUCGACGACUCUGAGGAAAUCGUAGAAGUUCCCCAACCGGACCCCAACACCCCGAAGCCUGAGGGACGUCAAAUCAUCCCAGUGAAGGGGGAGCCCCUUGGGGUGGUCAGUAACUGGCCUCCUGCCCUGCAGGCUGCCCUUGCCCGCUGGGGGGCCACUCAGGCCAAGAGCCCUGCCCUCACUGCCCUGGACAUCACUGGCAAACCACUCUACACUCUCACAUAUGGUAAACUGUGGAGUCGCAGUCUGAAACUGGCCUAUACCCUUCUGAAUAAACUGGGCACAAAGACCGAGCCUGUCCUUCAACCUGGAGAUCGAGUGGCGUUGGUGUAUCCAAACAGUGAUCCUGGCAUGUUCUGGGUGGCCUUUUAUGGCUGUCUGUUAGCUGAAGUCAUCCCUGUGCCUAUUGAGGUGCCGCUGUCCCGACAGGAUGCAGGGAGCCAGCAGAUUGGCUUCCUAUUGGGCAGCUGUGGUGUGAGUUUGGCGUUGACCAGUGAGGUGUGUCUCAAAGGGCUGCCCAAGACACAAAACGGAGAGAUCAUCCAGUUCAAAGGUUGGCCGAGGAUGAAAUGGGUAGUGACCGACACUAAGUACCUGACCAAACCAUCCAAAGACUGGCAGCCUCACAUUCCCACUGCCAACACAGACACUGCCUACAUAGAGUACAAAGCGAGUAAGGAGGGAACAGUGAUGGGAGUCGCUGUGUCUAAGAUCGCCAUGCUGACUCACUGUCAAGCUUUGACACAAGCCUGUAACUACUGUGAAGGGGAGACACUGGUCAAUGUGUUGGACUGUAAGAAAGAUAUGGGCUUGUGGCAUGGCGUCUUAACGAGUGUCAUGAACAGAAUUCACACCAUUACUGUGCCAUAUGCUGUCAUGAAGGCCUGUCCCAUGUCCUGGGUGCAAAGGGUUCACAUUCACAAAGCACGUGUGGCCUUGGUGAAGUGCCGUGACCUCCACUGGGCCAUGAUGGCCCAUAAAGAACAGAAAGACAUCAACUUGGCUUCAAUACGCAUGCUUAUAGUAGCUGAUGGAGCCAACCCAUGGUCCGUGUCCUCGUGUGAUGCUUUCCUGAAUGUGUUCCAGUCUCAUGGUCUGAAGCCUGAGGUCAUCUGUCCGUGUGCCACCUCUCCCGAGGCCCUGACUGUGGCCAUCCGCAGGCCAGGUGCGCGAGGCGCUCCGCUGCCAGCCAGGGCCAUCCUGUCCAUGGGCGGGCUGAGCCACGGAGUGAUCCGGGUGAACACAGAAGACAAGAACUCUGCUCUGACUGUACAGGAUGUGGGUCACAUUAUGCCUGGAGUAUAUGCAGUGAUUCCAGUAAAUCAAGCCGGAGCGCCCGUUGGAGAAAUCCCCUUCACUCGAACUGGCCUGCUUGGAUUCGUGGGACCGGGGAGUCUGGUAUUUGUUGUGGGAAAGAUUGAGGGCCUCCUGAUGGUGAGCGGGCGACGGCACAACGCAGACGACCUGGUGGCCACGGCGCUAGCAGUGGAGCCCGUCAAAACAGUUUACAGGGGGAGGAUCGCAGUGUUUUCUGUGACGGUGUUUUAUGAUGAGAGGAUAGUGAUUGUGGCAGAGCAGAGGCCCGAUGCCAGUGAAGAAGACAGCUUCCAGUGGAUGAGUCGAGUGCUGCAGGCCAUUGACAGUAUCCACCAGGUUGGCCUGUACUGUCUCGCGCUCGUCCCAGCCAACACCCUCCCAAAGACGCCUCUGGGAGGCAUCCACAUCUGUGAAACCAAGCAGAACUUUUUGGAGGGAAACCUUCACCCCUGUAAUAUCCUCAUGUGCCCACACACCUGUGUUACAAACCUGCCCAAGCCCCGGCAGAAACAGCCAGUGGACGUUGGUCCAGCUUCUAUGCUGGUUGGCAACUUGGUGGCAGGGAAACGGAUCGCCCAGGCUAUAGGGAGAGAGCUGGGCGUGGUGGAGGACCAGGAUCUCAUUCGAAAGCACCAGUUCUUGUCUGAAGCUCUGCAGUGGAGAGCCCAAAUGGACCCUGACCAUGUUUUAUACGUGCUGCUCAAUGCUAAGGGGGUAGCAGUGUGCACAGCAACUUGUGCUCAGCUACACAAGAGAGCAGAGAAAAUCACAGCUACCCUGAUGGAGAGAGGAGGUCUCAACACAGGAGACAACGUGGUGCUGCUUUAUCCCCCGGGUAUCGACCUGAUAGCCGCCUUCUAUGGCUGUCUCUACGCGGGGGUCAUCCCUGUGACUGUGAGGCCGCCCCACCCACAGAAUCUGGCUGCUACUCUCCCCACUGUCCGCAUGAUCAUUGACGUGAGCAAAGCAGCCUGCAUCCUCACCACUCAGCCUCUCAUGAGGAUCCUCAGGUCCAGGGAGGCGGCUGCCAGCGUCAAUGUCAAAACGUGGCCCACGAUCAUUGAUACAGAUGAUCUUCCAAGAAAGCGGCCUCCACACAUCUACAAACCUCCUACAGCUGAGAUGCUGGCCUAUCUGGACUUCAGUGUGUCCACCACAGGCAUGCUGACUGGAGUCAAGAUGUCUCACGCUGCGGUCAGUACUCUGUGCCGCUCCAUUAAACUGCAGUGUGAGCUCUACUCCUCACGCCAAGUAGCCAUCUGCCUGGACCCAUACUGUGGCCUGGGCUUCGUCCUGUGGUGCCUCUCCAGUGUUUACUCAGGUCACCAGUCCAUCCUUAUCCCUCCCCUGGAGCUGGAGAGCUCGCUGCCCGUGUGGCUGAGCACGCUCAGUCAGUACAAGAUCAGAGACACCUUUUGCUCGUAUUCUGUCAUGGAGCUCUGCACCAAAGGCCUGGGCACCCAGACGGAGAUGCUGAAGGCGCGCGGUCUGAACCUGUCGUGCGUGCGGAGCUGUGUGGUGAUAGCAGAGGAGCGUCCUCGCCUCGCUCUCACCCAGUCCUUCUCCAAGCUCUUCAAAGACCUCGGCCUUUCACCUCGCGCCGUCAGCACCGCCUUUGGCUCGAGGGUCAACCUAGCCAUCUGCCUUCAGGGCACUGCUGGACCAGACCCCUCCACUGUCUAUGUUGACAUGAAGUCCCUGCGUCACGACAGGGUGAGGCUAGUGGAAAGAGGAGCGCCACAGAGUCUUCCACUCAUGGAGUCGGGCACUAUCCUACCAGGAGUGAGAGUCAUCAUAGUCAACCCAGAGACCAGAGGCCCACUGGGAGACUCGCAUCUUGGUGAGAUUUGGGUGAACAGCCCACACAAUGCCAGUGGCUACUACACCAUUUAUGGGGAGGAGAGCCUGCAGGCAGACCACUUCAACACCAGGCUCAGCUUUGGGGAGCCCCAAACUCUGUGGGCCAGGACCAGUUACUUGGGUUUCAUCAAGAGAACAGAGCUGCUGGAUGCAAGUGGAGAUCGCCAUGAUGCCUUGUUUGUGGUGGGAUCCCUGGAUGAAACGCUGGAGUUGAGGGGGCUGCGUUAUCACCCCAUCGACAUCGAGACGUCCGUGUCCCGCGCCCACCGCAGCAUCGCAGAGAGCGCCGUGUUUACGUGGACCAACCUGCUGGUGGUGGUGGCGGAGCUUAGCGGCUCGGAGCAGGAGGCCUUGGACCUGGUGCCACUCGUCACCAACGUGGUCCUGGAGGAGCACCACCUCAUCGUCGGAGUGGUGGUCAUCGUGGACCCAGGGGUGAUCCCCAUCAACUCCCGGGGAGAGAAGCAGAGGAUGCAUCUACGAGACUCCUUCCUGGCUGACCAACUGGACCCCAUCUACGUGGCCUACAACAUGUGAACGCCCUUCACCAACUGAUGCAGAAACCUGAGCCAGGCUCCGAGAACAGACGACGAGGGAGGAGGACUUUGGGGACGUGUACAGUAGCAGCCCCGAAGUUAAAACCUCAGACGCACUCAUUGGAAAUGCCAAACGGCGUGGGAACGCGAGAAACAACUCAAGUACUGUAACGACAACAUGCUUCCCUCUCAGAAACUGUUCUGUCUUUACUUCCACCUGCUCGAUUGCUGCAGUCCAGGUUCACUGAGAUUUCUACUGUGGGGCCUGACACUUUCUCUGCUCCUGAGAGGUAGACGCACGUGUCGACUGGGAGAAAUCCCAUCAUCCUUUUUUUCCUGCACACACCUCUCCCUCGUCAAACUCAUGUUUUUAGGAUAUUUUAAUUACUCCCAGAAAGAGAAGAAUGGAAUCCCCUCAUUUUUCUAUCCUUUUGCUUUCCUCCUGAACCAUGCAUGCUCAUGUGUCAGAUUUUUCUGUUUUUUUAAACCCGUCUAAUCUUGAAGGUGCACUGGAACUUCUCCCCUUGCACUUUACGUCCUCGCACCUCGAUUUCCCGUCUCCUGCCUCCCCCACCCCUCAUGCCUGCUGCUGUCAAAAAGAGCAAAUCCACAUCAGUAUUAAAAGCGCCACAAGCAAGCACAGCCCACAGCGGGCAGUCCUGACACAAUUGCCCACCAGGUGCACAGUGGCGUCCACUUUCCAUCACACGCGAUGUUUGCUGGCAGACUUAGUGUCGACGAUGACAAAACAAAAAAAUAUCUUUAAAAAAAAUGCUCGAAUUACUCGUUGGUGUGGGAAAAGAAAGACUUCGUGAACCCGAGUAGUAAAGAUGAAACAGAUUCUUCAUCUUCGGUGUGAGUAGGAGUCGGUGGGGUAGAUAGCUCGUAUGAUUGUGAUAGUACUAAUCUAUUUUUUAAAAAGCGCCAAUUUUCAGAACAACUUUGGAAACUAUAGUCUGUGUUUAGGUGUGCAUGCCAGCUGGGAGCGCAGGUGACGUCUACACGCGGGCUCGAAACGAAACGAAAACAAGCUUCGCGAGCCAAGGAUUCUCACAGCAGUUAUUUCGCUGCCUAUGCUGAAUGUUCAGGCUUUGUCACAGCUUUUGUGCCUCUCAUGUAAAAGCAUUCACAGCCUCCCGGCGCUCAACAAGAGUUGCUCUUAAAGAAGAAAUAAGUACCCGGUGUUAAUGAGGGAGACCGAGAAUGUUCUGAAGUUAUUCCCAGACAACCUUCUGUUUCUCUUCUCCUUUUAACAUGUUUGCAGUUAACUCUCUUCACUCUUUAUCUGUCAGCUAAAAUGCUGUAAAGAAAUAAAUACAUAUGACUAUAAAUGACAGCACUGCUUGUGUUGUACAAAUGUAGCUAUAGCCAGUAUAGAUGAGCGUUUGGUUCAUCUAAAGGUUUUGUUUUUUAAGGAAAUAUCUUGAGAACAUUGGCGUCUCUGUGUGAAUGUGUCGUUUUUCUCACCGGGUAUUUAUUUCCUUUAAAAAAAAAAUCUCACAAACUUUUGUGACUUCACCCAUGAGAAGAACUAACCGGACGUGAUUUGAAAUUUGUCCGAUCGCUCCUUCAGUGUGGUCUCCUUGUGCACCCCAGGACAGCUAAUGCACCUCUCACUGGUGCAUUAGACUGAACACAUUUCAGACUGGAUUUAGUUUUGCUGAAGAGGAAAAACACCUCAGGGAUACAAAUCUGGCACAGCAAGUGCAACAGGGAGGCUUCACAGUAGAAUUUGCCGUGAUGUGCAGCUUUUGGGCCUGGAUGCUGUGGACUCAUCAGCUGAAAACUAUUGUUUGUUCUUUGGGUUGUAGAUGACAACCAGCUUGCUCAGUCUGGCAGUUUUGCAGGGACAUUUUGGUAACCUUAGGAAAGUAGGAGAGAUAGCAAAGGCCAAUUUAAUCCAGGCUCCUGCAGCUGAGCUCCAGCAUCGCCCGAUAUGCACGGGGAACUUCCAGAGAGAGAUUCAAAUUAGAAAGUUGAGGGAAGUUUUCAAGGUUUUCUUUUUGUGGGUGAAGUCGCCAAAUUUCUUUAUAAAGUCAAAUGUUUAGCUCUAAUGUGGCUUUAAUGGAUGUUAAUACAUCGGAGGCUUAAUCUGGAGUUUGGCACUCGAGGCUCUGAAAACAAUAGCAGACCAAAAAAACGCUAAACAAAAUUUAAGGUCCAACUUCUCUGUGUUCAAGGGCCGUUUUGUUCGGCUUCGCCUGGCUUGGUCCAAGGUUCUGAAGUGAGCUGCUAGCUUUCAGUCUGUGUGUAGUUUCCCACCUUAUAUCAAAGAACGUGUUUCAUUUAGUGUCACAACUGAUUAGAUAAAUGUAGAAAAUCCGAAGGCAAGUCGGUGCCUUUUACCAUGGUGACAUUUACGAUAAUGGACCAUCGAAUUAAAAAAAAAAAAAAAGCAAAACAAAGAAAUCAAGAAUGAGGAGCUUUGCCUUAUUAAACCUGUGGAACUUCUGUACUUUUAUUGCUUAUUUAAAGAACUGUUUCACCGACUCUAAGCGAGAAAUCGGACACCAGUUUGUAGCUCAAAACUCACACAUACAUUUAAAAAAAAAGAAGUUUUUUAAGAGGAAGGCUGGUGUUUUAUGUUCGUGCUCAUACCUUUCUGAUUUUAACAUAACCGUCAUCACUCAGACCCAUUAAUCCUGAAUGUGGGCAACACUAAAAAAAAAAGAAAAUGAACUGGGAACAAUCCGCAACAAACCUGUGAUUCAAAAGAUUUUUUAAAAAUUGCAGAACCCUCCUUUAAAAAGUGAAGUAAUAAAGAUGUCUGUAUACUGUAUUUUAGAGGUCAAAUACUGUAUUACUGGUGUUAAUGUGUACAUGAAAAUGAAUCUGUAGAUAAAAAAAAAAAAA